CCCUUUCCUUUGCGCCACCUCUCUCCUUUCUCUCUGAAAAACUGAAAACCUCUUCUUCCGACUUAGACUCUCCAAUGGCGGCCGAGGACCACAAUGGCGGUCGAUCGGCGCUGAUCUUCCUCGGGACCGGGUGCUCGAGCGCCGUCCCCAACGCAAUGUGCCUGAUCCAGCCCUCCAAUCCCUGCGACGUAUGCCCUCAGGCGCUCUCCACCCCCCCGGACCAAAACCCUAAUUACCGGUGCAAUACAUCGCUUUUGAUUGAUUAUUGCCCAAGUGAUGGCAAGCACUGUUAUAUAUUGAUUGAUGUUGGAAAGACGUUCAGGGAGCAAGUGAUUCGAUGGUUUACUCGCUAUAAGAUUCCUAGAAUUGAUUCUAUUAUUUUGACUCAUGAACACGCUGAUGCAGUUCUUGGUCUGGAUGAUAUACGUGCCGUUCAACCACAUAGUCCCACAAAUGACAUUGACCCUACUCCCAUCUACCUAACUCAGUAUGCAAUGGAGAGCAUUGCAGAGAAAUUUUCUUACUUGGUGAAGAAAAAAGUUGAGGAAGGAAAAGAACUGAGACGAGUAGCACAGCUUGACUGGAGGAUAAUUGAGGAGAAUUGUGAAACAUCGUUUGUUGCAUCUGGCCUACAAUUUAUUCCUUUGCCAGUGAUGCACGGGGAAGAUUAUGUCUGUUUGGGUUAUCUAUUUGGUGAAAGAUGUAGAAUAGCCUACAUAUCUGAUGUGUCUCGCUUUCCUGCAAGCACAGAACACGUCAUUUCAAAAGAUGGAGCUGGGCAGUUGGAUCUUCUUAUCUUGGACACUCUAUACAAGACUGGAUCCCAUAAUGUUCACCUUUGCCUCCCACAGACUCUUGAAGCUGUGAAGAGGAUUUGUCCAAAACAAGCCUUGUUAAUUGGAAUGACUCAUCAAUUUGAUCACCACAAGGACAAUAAAUUUCUUACGGAAUGGUCUGAGAGGGAAGGGAUACCAGUGCAGCUUGCGCAUGAUGGUUUGAGAAUCCCCAUGGACCUAUGAUAAGGUUAAUGUAGGUGUGUUUUAAAAUGAUAUAUAGUAUAUACUAUAUACAGUUUCCAUCCCAUGUUGAUGGGAGGAAGCAGAUGCAAUAUUCUUGAAGCUCACCUUAUCGUUGCAGUGACUGAAGAGGUAAAAUAAUUUUACAAGGAUUAGGAAAUUUAUGCUCGAAAAACUCGAAUUAUGAUGUGAGCCUUGUAAUUUUGUUAGCCGGUGAUUGAUGAAUCAUAGUUAUUGAAGAGAGUGGAUAUAAAUUUGGAGGCACCUCAAAAUUUAAAGCUAUGUUAGAGCAGGUGGAGCUCCUGGAAACACUUGCAUUAAAUAAUUCUUUUCAUUUUUUCCACUCGGAUAAGUGUUCAAUCCAUGGAAUUCUGUAGUUACUUUUUCUUUGUAACAACAAUGGAGGGAGAGGAAUUCGAAUUUAUGACAUCUUUCAUCAUUGGAAUAAAA